AUGUACGCUUUAAGAACAGCUUCUUUGCUGCUUCCCCAAUUAUUGUCGGUGUUGGCCACGCCGGCUAGUGUCUCUCCAUUACAACCCCGUGACUUAAUAUCAAGUCUUUCAAACACCAUCAAGAGCAUCGGCUACCUCGGACAAGGCAUCACACAAGAUCUAGCUCUGCUAGUAUCUACCCUGGAUGAUGUUGAAAACGGCAAGAUCGAUCCCGUUACAACUAUCGAAGAAGCUCUGGGUUCGCUUGGAAAUGUACGCAAUGCAAGUGAAGUUGGUCUCAUCGGGGUAGCUAUCGAUGUCGUCAAAAAUGGCCUGGCCCCGAAGAAUGUUCUCGAUCUCGUACAGGGGUUGACAGCUUCGUCCUUAAAUUCGAUGGAGAACGAGAAUCUCAGGGAACCCGAAAGCACAAUAUUCCCUAAGAAGGCCUCGAGCGAUGCGCCCUACGAUAUCAGCGAAGAAAAACUCCGCUCAUCAAUCUACAUCCCCGAGGAAUUCCAAUACGGUGCCAACGGAAAACGGCCUGUUCUUCUCGUCCCUGGCACUGCCAACCCUGCCGGUACCACAUACUACUUCAACUACGAGAAAUUGUUCAAUCAGAGCAACUUCGCCGAUUCUGUCUGGCUCAAUAUUCCCGACAAUACCCUCGGCGACAUCCAAGUGACUGCGGAAUAUAUUGCAUACGCAAUUAACUACAUCUCCGGUAUCACCGGAAACACAAAGAUCGGCGUGCUAGCCUGGUCACAGGGUAGCAUCGACGUCCAGUGGGCGCUCAAGUACUGGCCAUCGACCUGGGACUCAGUCUCCGACUUUUUGUCAAUUAGCGGCGAGUUCCACGGCUCCCUUUCAGAGGAAUUGUGCUUGGUACCGAACACCCUAUGCAAACCUGCACUCAGACAGCAAAGCUACGACUCGAAUCUAAUUACCACUCUCCGCGCUGGAGAUGGAGACUCUGCGUACGUCCCGACAACCAGUGUAUACUCGGGCAUUGACGAGCUCGUUGCGCCGCAAGUCGGCCCGGAGGCAUCGGCGCGCUUGAAAGAUGUACGGGGGGUUGGCGUCACAAACACACAAAUUCAGCUUGCCUGUCCCGGCAAGCCUGCUGGUACUCUAUAUACGCAUGAUCCCCUGUUAUUCAACUCGCUGGUUUAUGCGCUCUUUGCUGAUGCUCUGACGCAUGAUGGUCCGGCGGAUUUGUCCCGUGUUGAUCUGGACACUGUGUGCAACCAGCUCAUCGCUCCGGGCCUUGUUUUGACUGACAUGCUCGGCUCGGAGGUGGAGGCGUAUGUUUACAACGCCAUUGAUUCCUCCACUUACAAAGGUUCGGCGUCUAGUGAAGAGCCUCCUAUCAAGGAAUAUGCUCGCAUUUCAUCCUGA